AUGCUCGCUGCAAAACGAAUACGACGGGGGAUCGGCUUGAGUUCAAGACGAUUCCUUCACGAUGGCUCAAAUACUCGAGAGGGAUGGCUGUUCGUCGACUCAGUCUUCCCUGUUCAAUUGGGUGUAUGGGAGUCGUACAUAUCUCGUCUGAGGCAAGACACGCUGCUAUCCGAACUGAAGGACAAGCUGUCCCGCGUUCAAGCUCAUAAAUUCACGAUCCUGGAGUUGGAACCCCACCUGAAAGACGGUGGAGUAUUCGUUCACUUCAAGUACGCGCUUCCGGACAGAGGGGAGGAGGAUUUGAAUACGCCGCAAGAACGUCGCGUGCUCCAUGAAAUAGAACGGCUGCUGAACGAGGAAGCAGAGAACGCCGGAGGUCUACCGUCGUGGAAUGGCAUACGAAGGGGUAAUGUGUGGCUCGUACAGGGAAGCCCGUGGAGAGAGGAUAUGAAUCGCUUCGCGUUUCCAAUGCUGCGCGUCUCGUUCGAGGGACCAGACGUCCCAGAGCAAGCACUCUAUCAACUCUUCAGGCCGUACGGUCGUAUCCAGGAGCUCACCAUGCCCACGGCCGUACCUGCUGGUACGCCCCGCUCUUCCGUAAUCACCUUCAGCCGAAUUCGACCUGCGGCAAUUGCCCGCAAUGUUGUCCACGGCUUGGAGAUCGCCUCUACACCGAGUACUGAUAACGCUGCGAAGGCUACAUUGACGCGACUGAGAAUAGCAUAUCAGAAACCUAUCCGAGCACAUGUCAUAAGGGACUGGACAGCAAACCAUCCGAGAAUAGUCAUUCCCGUCAUCGUUUUCCUGCUUGGCUCCAUUACAUACACGGUCUUCGACCCCGUACGCGCCAUGAUGGUGCAAGCGAAGAUGCAAAAUUGGUUCGACUAUCACGAGUGGACGCUGUACAAAUGGGCGUGCAAUAUGCUACCAACUCAGUUGAUUUCCUAUCUCGCUUCGGACUCCCACUCUUCAUCAUCCAAGAACAAACGCUCACUAUCCGCGGCGAUGCGUGCGCAACGGUCGAAGGAGUUGUCUUCUGAUCUAGAAAUCCAGGGUGUGUGGAAAGAACGCCAGGAAGUCGAGCGGACGAUUAGGACAUACCUUGAUGAUUUUCCAACUACUGUCGCAUUUCUUCACGGGCCGCAAGGGAGCGGCAAGUCAAGACUACUGGAGACCAUGAUCCAGGAUUCAGAUCGACAUGUUCUGCAUAUUGACUGUCGAGACCUCCAGAAGGCCGUAUCCGACCCACAACUUGUCGGCGCUCUGGCGAGGCAAACGGGUUACUGGCCUGUAUUCACCUUCCUUGAUUCCAUGAGCAGUUUACUCGAUUUGGCGAGCGUCGGUUUGAUCGGGCAGAAGGGCAUGUAUUUUCAUCUCUCGACUGGCUUCUCCAGUUCCCUCCCAGACCAACUGACACAGGUGUUAUCUGUUGUCACGCGUGCCCUGCAAGCGACCUCGGCGUCUCACAUCCACGCAGCCGCUCUCAAACGGGCGCGCGAGGAGCAAGACGAAGAGCGAAAGGCUGAGCAGAACAUCGUCCUGCACAAAAUAAGGCAUGGUACAUGGCAUGACGGACGUCUGGAUUGCGUAGCGGGCAACGGCGUUAUGAGCGAACUGGGGAUCGGGGACGAGGCGAUGGGUGUAUUGGAGGACGAGUACGGCGAUGACGAGAAGAAGAAUGGGCACCAUAGGCAGCCUGUCGCUGAUGCUGAAGCGAUAUCAGCCAUUCCGAUCGUGAUUAUUCGCAAUUAUUCGCCGUCUAAUAAGGCGGGUGGCAGCAAGGAGGAUUUGCUGGCUGUUUUGGCGCAAUGGGCAGCUGGCCUCGCUGAGAAUCGAAUCGCCCAUGUUAUUGUUGUUAGCGAUAACAGGGAAAAUGCCAAACGGCUCGCUAAAGCUAUUCCAUCCAAACCUCUCAAUUCUAUAGCCCUGUCCGAUGCGGAUACCAGUAGCGCUUUGUCAUUCGUGAAGCAGAGAUUACGGGAUUCCGAUAUCGACGUUCAUUUUACAAAGUCCGAGACCGAGCUCGUCGAGCGGCUUGGCGGGCGGGCAAGUGAUUUGGAAAGCCUUAUACAUAAAGUGACCAAUGGACAAGGCGUUGCAGAGGCUGUAGAAGAUAUCGUAGUGCGCGGGGUAAGCGAACUACGGAAGAGCGCAUUUGGGGAUGAUGUGGACGACGCGAAGAGCCUUGCUUGGUCAAGGGAGCAGGCGUGGGCAGUCUUGAAACUACUGGCCAAGAAACCGGAGGUGUCAUACCAUGAGGUAUUGAUAGAAUUUCCGUUCAAAGGAGACGAGUCUCCGUUGAGGAAUAUGGAGCAUGCCGAAUUGAUUGCUAUAGGGACAGUGAACGGCCGCCCAUCGACCAUCCGCCCCGGCAAACCCGUCUAUAAAUACGUCUUUGAGCGCCUGGUCAAGGAUCCGAUAUUCCAAGCCAACCAGGAUAUCGCGUACAACAAUAAAGUCAUAUCUAGCGCGGAGACUACCAUAAAACUAUGCGAAGAGGAGCUGGGGACGUUGGAGAAUAUUCGGGAGCAGGAGGCGAGGACUAGAGGCUGGGGUGAUUGGGCGUUUGGAUGGAUGUGGGGGAUGCGGGCGUGUGAUGCGAGGGCCGCGUAUUUGUUUGAUAAGAUGGGGAAGGCUGGGAAGAAGGUCGAGAUUCUGGAGAGGAAGAACGAGGAGCUGAAGAAGGUGCUUGCGACCGCUGAGUGA